CUCGCUGACAGGGACAAGAUAUUCCAUUUAGAGAAUCUCGCUGACAGGGACACCUACUUGCAUCGUUUCCAAACUAAAAAAAAGUAACCGUCCCCGAAGCCCAAAGCCAAAAAAAAAACCUCCUGCAGCCUGCUCGAAACCCUCCUUCCUCCUCCUGAAUUCGUCAACCGGUCUCCCAAAUCGGAGCGGCAAUCGGAUUGUUGGGUACUUGGGUCUCGAGACUGAGCUGUGCUCCAGUCCGUGAGCUAUUCGUUGAUUUUUCCAGCGUGAAGGCGCCGAUUUUUGGGCCGUUGGCUGUGGUGGCGGGUUCGGCGGCUCUGGAUCCGGCUGUCUUCCGGCGAUAGAUCGGGCUAUUGGAGCAGAACAAUACUUCGGAUUCUUGAGGUGUCCGUAGCUGCACUCGCGAUGACCUUUUUUUAGGAAGCCGGUUGAAUUCGUAGACCUGAAGAUUUAUUAGCUGGCCCACGCCAUUUUCGGCAAUAAAAUAGUCGGCUGUUUCAUAGCAAUUUCAGAGUCCUUCUCAAUCUUCUGAAGAAGCGAGCAUACGCCACUGCUUUGCUGGCUUUGACCUCGGAGGCGAUCCCUUGCUGUUCUUAUUGACUCGGCUUUCGCCUCCGUUGCUGCCUACCCCUGGUUGCUGUCAUAGCCACAGGGCCUCGGUUCACUGCCGUUGUCCGCUUCUUCUUCUCCUGCCGCUGCUCCUUCGAGUUUUUUGCAGGCCUCGCUCUCAGCUGCUGGGCUACUGCUUAGUUUCUUCAAAGGUUUGUGUUGGAGGAUAAGAGGGUUACAUGCAAUGGCCCUUGAGGCAAAACAAGCUGCUCUGUGUUUCAAGGAAGUUUUGAGGUUAUCCAUUAGAAAAAGCUAUAGAUUUGUUUCAGAACACCCUAUCCUUUUCGGUUUGGGUGUUUUUCUCUAUCUAUUCUACAGAUCUUCACCAAGGCUCUUUGUGUUCCUGCUUUCUUCUUCACCUGUAAAUAUAUGCACUGCUCUUCUUCUUGGAAUCCUACUGAGUUAUGGAGAAGUUAAUCUUCCUGAGGCCAGUAAAGAUCACAGGGACACUACAGAAGUUUCAACUUCCAUGGUUGGAAAUUCGUCCAGUGAUGUCCACUUUGAAGCAAAUCAGAGACCUUCUGUACUUGAAUUUAGGGAGAAUGCAUCAAACUUCAAAGAGAGAGAAACCAAACAGAAAGUUUCCUUCAGGGAGAGGGCUAGCGAGCAUGUUGACCUUGAUGAUUAUAUCCCUCUUCUGAAGAGAGCUGGUGAAGAAGAUGAGAGAGGUGAUCGGGGUAACAUAUCUAGAACACUUACACCAUUUCCUUCUAUGGUCAAUAUUCGCCAAGAGUCUGUGAUAGGGGAGGACUUGACCUUCACCAAGAAAAGACAAUCGGAAGGUUCUUUUUUCAUGCAGGAUAGGGCCGACUGUCAGACUAGCCUAUUUGAUGAGGCCUGUCUGUGUGGUCUGAAUGACAAAGAUAUACCUUUUGGUUUGUUUUCUUCUAGUGAGAAUGUUAAUAAGAAUGAUGAGAUGGAGGAAAAAUUUAAUCAACAGAGAGUAUUUGCAGAUUCAACAGCUACCAAAGAGAGAGAUAGUUCUGAAGCGAUGCCAACCGAAGAGCUUGCUGGAACUAGCAAACAAGCUGCUUCUGUCCCUAUUGACCAAUGGGAAAACAAUGGCAGACUUAAUGUUGAUACUAGCAAUGUUUUUGAGGACAACUUGCUUGAUUCCUCUCUUGGCUCACCAUGGGCAAGAGUUAGCAGUCAUGAUGGUUCAUCUGGUUUUGAUUCUGAUCAGGCUGAGAGUUCUCCUGAUGCUUCCAUGACUGACAUUGCUCCCGUUCUUGAUGAGAUUGAUCCACUUUUGCGUGCUGAUUCCAAUCACCCCGAUCCUGUUCCUAAUGAUGAUUCAGACACAGAUUCUCAUGUCUCAGAGGAUCAUCAAAUUGACGAUGAUAGUAAUGAUGAGGGUGAUGACAUUGAUGCUAAAGAUAAUGUGGAGGGGGAGAAGGAAAAUGAUGGGAAGGAAGCUGCAUUUCUUUGGACAGCAGAUGAUGAAAAGAAUCUGAUGGAUCUUGGAUAUUCUGAGAUAGAAAGGAACCGCAGGUUGGAAAUUUUGAUGGCUAGACGAAGAUCCUGGAAGAACAUGGCAUUUGAAAUCGAUAACAACUUGAUAGAUGUUCAUAGUUCUGGCUCUGGUACAAGUUUAGAUGAUUUGUCACGCUUCCGUGCACAGGUACCUCCUAUUGCAGUGCCCAGGAGGAACCCUUUUGACCUUCCAUAUGAUUCUGAAGAAGCAGCAAUUCCUGGCUCAGCUCCUUCAAUACUGCAUGCACGGAAGAACCCGUUUGACCUUCCCCUUGAACAGUCAAAUGACAGUGUUGUUGUCCAUGCACAUGAUAUUUUAAACUCUGGAGAACCUGCGACUUCUCGUCGUGACAUGAUCUUUAGAAGGCAUGAAAGCUUCAACUUUGGAAGGAUGGAUGUGAUCCAGGAGAAGCGUUUUUCUAGACUCAAGCCAUAUUUUGUUCCUGAAACUGUGGAAUGGAAUGCAAGCAAUUUCGAAAGACAGUUCAAUGAUAAGUCUGAGUCUAAGAUGAGCUCUGUUACUAAAUCUGAUAUUGCUUCUUCAGUUGCUGAUCAGGAGGAUCAUAAGGACCAAGAUGAAAAGGACCUUGCAGAUGUUGGAAGUGAAUGCUCAGAUGGUAUCAACUCCAUAGAUGUUGAACUAGACCACAGUGACAUCGAUGACCGUGAGAUUGCUCUACAGCAAUUUGUCUUUGAAAGAGCACAAGAAAGGGAAGCACAUCUUGUUUCAACUAAAGGAAAAGGACGUGAAGAAGAUUAUGCACCAGAAUCAGCUGGGAGUUCAACGAUGCCAUUUCAUGCAGUCCCUGACCUGCUUAGCUGGGAAGAUGGAGAUGGUGACAACAGCCUUGGUGCUAAACCUUCUUUCCAGCUUAACACAGAAGUUAAAUGCUCAGAAUGGGUUUCUUCUUCCAGGCCACCCGUGGAGGGAGAAUCUGAUUCUGGGGAUCUUCCAGAGUACCUUGAUACUGAAGUUGCAUCAAGCUCAAACACAGCCAUACUUGGUGCAAACAAUGCAGCUGAGAAAGGUGGAAAUGUUGAUCGCAUGUCAUAUUCAAACGAUGAAAUGCCUUUAGAUAACCUGAUUCAUCGGUCUAUGGAGCUGCCUUCUGAAUUUUUCACUGAAACAUUGCCAGUCAUAUCUAGGGACCUACACCCUAUCCCAGAGGAGAGAGUUGUUGAGAACUUCAACGUGCAAGAAAAUCAUGAAGCAGCAAUUUUUACUGAUUCAGUUGUUGCCUUGACUGGGUUGCAUGUAAUUGAAGAGCACUUUGAUGAUGGAACUGACAGAACUCUAAGCUCUGAAGUUGUUUCCUCAUAUCCUCGAGCUAAUGGUGUCACCCAAUCUCCAUCAAGUGAGCAUGCAGAAAUCUUGAAUCCAUUUGUUUUGAUGGCUGCUGAACAUAAUAAGGUGGAUAUAAGCGACAUGCAUGGUGAAGCAACUGCCGGAUAUCUACUUGAUUCUGAUGAUGAGGCUGGUAAAAUCUAUCCUGAGCCUAUGGAAGGCAGUGGAAUUGAUGAAAGUUUCCUGUCUGAAUUGGAUGUGGUGGGAGACUUUGGAGUUGAACCGAUGAGACUGGACCAGCAGGUGACAGAUCAGGCUUCUCAUGGUGAUAACACUACCGAUAGUGUUACUGCAGAUUCUGUUAUUAGUCCUCAGACAUCUGACGAUGUCUCCUUGAUCAUGUCGGAAGUUGGUGCUGAAGAAUCCAGGGAGCAGUCUCCAUUGGUUGAUGACCUAAAUGGCUCCGAAUUAUAUUAAGAAGAAAAAAAUGUUUGGAAUCAUAAACACACACAAAAACAUUCACACAGCAAACUCAGAUUACAUGCACACCUUGACUAAGUUUAGAACAGUAAAAAAGGAACUCGGACUAGACCUCUGAUCUCCAUUUGAUAUGCUGUAUUGGUUUAAUCACAAAUACAUGAUCUUCAUAUGACUCCCCUAAGAAUGAGCACUUACAACUUCUCGUGAUGCUAUAAGGACGCACUUACAGAUUUUUGCGUAAACAACGAGCAUCCUAGUUGUGUUUUUUACCAGCAGGCGCUGCUACUCCUGUCAUACUUCAACCAUUUGUAUUCACAUGGUCUUAAUGGUUUGAUGACAGCUAUCCUGUUGUUUUGUUCUUAUCUAAAACACAGUCACGCUUCUGUCUUGCAUUGUAAUCGUAUUUUUCUGACACUUGUGAACUUGGUUGCUCAGGUUCAUGUUGUCUCUGCUAAAUAUGUAGUGAAGUGCGAUAAUGAUACUUUUGUGAGACUUGAUUCAGUAGUCAUUGAAAUUAAGAAGGUACCAGGUGGGAGAAAGACUUUACAUGGGGAGUAUGAAUAUACAACACAAGCCACGACGCCAUGGGAAACAGGCUGUAACCUAUGAGGUCAAGCUUAUGGAAUGUUUGCCAUAGCAGUUAUUACAUUUCAUUCUUCAAACACCACCUUAACAUUUCUUAUAUUCUUCUAUAAAACAGUUCUUGUAUAACUUGAAGUGCAGAGUUUGAAAUAGUUUUUAGUUUAUUUA